AGAGGGGGUCUUCACUCAAAUCCCUUUUCAGAGAUCUGAGAAGAAGUGGGAGUGGGUGCUGGGUAAGGUUGCCAUGGUAAUGGGGCUGUUUGGAAAGUUAAGAUCAGGACCCACGUCUAAAGAGGAUGAAGCCUGGUGUAGUGAAGGACCAAAGGGGCUGAUGGAUACAGACACCAGACAGGCCAGAGGGCCUAGGGAGCUGGUCCAGGUGGCUGGCUGCAGGAGAAGCAUGCAAGGUAAAGGGCUUGGCUGGCCACUGCCAAGGUCUGGGCCCAAGACUCUACCUCUUGGCACAUUGUGAGGGAGAGCCCCAGCAUCAUUGUGACCCGCUUACCCCCAGGAGCCUCUGGGACAGGCAGGCGGCUUGGUAGGUACUGUGGCACAGUGGGCUGGGGGCCUAAGGGCCCCGGUGGCCCUAGGGACCCCCAUGGCCAUGAUUGAGCGGCCACGGCCCGGGUGGGCCUCAUAUCACAGCCCCAACGCCAACAAUUGCCAGGAUCUGGGCAACUCCAUCCUGUUGCUGCUGGGCCUCAUCAUCUGCAUUAACAUUGGCAUCAAUAUGGUGACGCUGCUCUGGCAUAGACUCCGUGGCUUCUUACACCACAUGUUCUGCUAUAUUGUUUGUGAGAAAGAAGCUUCUAAGUCACCCUCACCUGGGAAGAAGACCCAACCCCUAAAGCAGAGCUCCCCUGCAGUCCACCUUCGAUGCACUAUGGACCCUGUGAAAAUGACCGUGACCCCCCCACCCACUCGCCGCCAUCGCCGUCGAGGUUCAUCAGCACGCCGUGCCCACCGCCCAGUUGCUUGGGCCCCUGACACUGACGACGAGAAGCCCCCAUAUCGGUACCCGGAAACCUGCUCCCACAACUGGGAUUGCCCUGCAGACUGGGAAGGCUUCCAAUCCACCCAGGGGUUCUGGGCUGCUUGGGCCCAGGAUGCUGUGGAGCCGCCUCCCCAGACCAUCCGCUUCCAGCAGACAACAGAGGGAAGGCCCCUCAAAAGAGAGAUGCUGUCAGAGCUGGGCCUAGAGGCCUAUGUGUACCCUGUAAACCCCCCACCCCCAGGUCCACAGGUCCUGAGCCACAAGAACAGUGGAAAGGGAGUGGCAGGGGCUGAGGGGAAGCAGGAGCAGUGCUCGCUGGCCACGCCAGCUCCACCAGCCCCACUACCUAUUCAGGGCCCAGCAAUAGUCCCAGAUAUCCGCCGGCACCGCUCCUCAGGCCGCAUAAUGUAUGAUGCCCGUGAUGUGAGGCGGCGGCUUCGGGAGCUGACCCGGGAGGUAGAGGCCCUGUCCCACUGUUACCCUUUGGCCUCCGGAUCUAGCACUGCUGAGGGGAUGGGCAAGGACUGGGUAUAUGGUCCCCUGACAGAGAGGUGA